AUGAAAAUGGAACUUCUAGCUAAUGAAUUAUUACUUGAUCUAUUUGAAUAUCUCCAUCCGCUUGAACUUCUUCAUUCAUUCUAUGGCCUAAACAUUCGUCUAAACAACCUUCUUUUUCUGUAUCUUCGAUCACAUUCAUUAGAUUGUCGAUGGAUUUCCCAGCGAAGUUUCACUGAUCUAUGUCAAAAUAUUCUUCCUUUCAUUACCAAUCGGCUGUACUCAAUUCAUCUCUCCAAUACUGAUGUUAUACCCAAUCAAAUCAAUCAAUUCUUCUCCUAUGGAUUCCAGCUUCACAAUAUCGCAUCACUUUCGUUGUCUCACGUUCACUCCACUGAAUUACUCACACGAAUUCUCCUAGCGUACCCGCAGUUGCGUUCUUUACAUCUUCGUAAGUCUUUUUUGGAUGAUGAAAUCGAAAAAACUACACGAUGUUUGAAUACAAUUUGGAGUUUACCAAAAUUACAAUCAUGCUAUUUGGAUAUUGAAUCUAAGAAUUAUUUUGAUUCUUCAUUACUCAUUCAAACCUCCUUAACUCUUCAUACGGUGUCCAUUGAAAAUGAUUCCGUCCCUCCAGCUUAUUUAAUUGCACUAUUCAAUUGUACACCGAAUUUACGAUCUCUUUCUAUUAAUAUUCAACCCGCUAAAGAUCAUGAUCAAGAUUUUUCGUUUACUAUUCCAGCAUUAACAACGCUCAAACUCAAACUUCAUACUUCCUUUCGUAUGUUAAGUUAUCUAUUAAAAAAUCUGUCGCAUCUCCGCGAAUUAUCUAUCGAAACUGACAUGAUUUGGUUCGAUGGUUAUCAAUGGGAAGAUGUUCUAACGAAUUACUUAAAACAGUUGAAAACUCUGCAUCUAUUAAUGUUUUAUAGAAUCAGUCAGGAAAAGGACAUAGUCGAAGAAAUGUUUUAUUUAAUUGAAUCGUAUCGAACAUCUUUUUCGACGAAAGAACGUCAAUGGUUUAUUCGAUGUGACUACCGUAGAGAAGAUGGCACUGUUUAUCUUUAUACACUUCCGUAUGGAUUUCCGAAAUUCUCUCGACCUUCUUGUGAUAUGUCGAUAACAACAUAUCCAACUGAAAAGAUGUCAAAAGCAUUUGCUUCUGUUCGUACUUUAUCUCUUGAUUAUGAUUUGCUUUACCUCGCAACGCAAACAGCAUUACAAUUUGAGAAUAUUCAAUGUCUGGAAUUGUUUUACCCAUUCGAUGACACCUUCUGGUCUGUUAUAACAAAUUUCCAUCGUUUAAAAACAAUGGAAAUCAUUUUAAGUGUCCAUUCAGAUGAAAAUUAUCGGCCAAUUCAUCAUGUUCGUUCAUUGAUCGAACGUUCAACAUCUCUCCGUUCAUUAACUAUCGAUUAUUUAAUCCUAUCGGAAUUAUCUUCAACGCCAAUGCAAAACUGUUCUCUUCGCCGAUUAGAUUUAAUGUCACGUGAUGGACAUUUCUAUGGAAUAGAAUGUAUUUCUUUAAUACAAGCAUUCCUUGGAAAUCAAUGCGAAAUUUUACUUAUUAACAUUGAAAAUCAUACGAUUAUUUUUGAUUUACUCGAAAAACUAUCAAAUCUUCGUGCAUUAACAUUUCAAUGUCAAAGUGAUUCAUGGGAUGAUAAUAAUGAAUCCUUGGUGAUCGAUGAUGAACUUCUUCAAGAUUUAAAACAACGUCUAGGAUCGAAGUAUUCGGUCAUGCGAGAUGAAGACGAAUCGUCGAUCAUUCACGUAUGGAUUUGUUAA